UCAGUUUAAAUUAACUUUUUUUAACCUCAGUUUGCUUUAUAGAGAAGUAAAACGAAUCGUUCCUCAGCUAGCUACUGUAUUAAUUAAUGUGAAGAAAUAAUAUAAUAUAUAGUUUUUUUUAUUUCUUGAGCUUUUCCUCUUCAUAACGCUUUGCUUUUGGAGUCUUUAUCUCUUUUGAUAGAAGAAAUAAAGGUAAAAAAAAGGCAAAUUUUGUUUGAGUUUGAAAAAAAAUGGCAUCAACACUGUUACUAGUGAUUGUGUUUGUGUUUGAUCUGAUUGCUUUUGGUCUUGCUGUUGCUGCUGAGCAGAGACGAAAUACUGCUGCUGUCCAGAAACAAGGAGAUUAUAACUACUGUCAAUAUGACUCGGAUAUUGCAACCGGAUUAGGUGUGGGGGCUUUUCUGUUACUUUUGGCCAGUCAGCUACUAAUAAUGAUAGCAAGUAGAUGCUUGUGCUGUGGAAAGGCGAUGAGACCUAGUGGAUCUAGGACGUGGGCGAUUGUUCUUUUCAUCACUUGCUGGCUAUUUUUUCUCAUUGCUGAGAUCUGCUUGUUAGCUGGUUCUGUUCAAAAUGCAUACCACACCAAGUACUACCUGGCUCGAUUUGCUCCAAAUUGUCGAGAACUAAGAAAGGGAGUUUUUGCGGCUGGAGCUGCAUUUGUUGUCUUUACGGGCAUUUUAUCUGAGAUUUACUAUGUAAGCUAUUCCAGGGCAAAUCAUGGUCAGGGUUCCUACGGCAGAGAUACUGGUGUUGGGAUGGGCCACCUGUAGCUUGACGACGUUGUAGCAACAAGUGAGAAAUGUUUCUAUUAUGUAGCUCAUAGUGGAUCUUAUUUGUUUACAUGAACAUUGACAUUUGAAGGCUUAGUAAUAGACUAGAUACAUUUACUGUUUAGACACAAAAAUAGUACUUUUUUCGAAAAAUGCAUUCGUCGUGUUUUCUUUUGAUUUUGAGAACACAUUUUCUGA